AUGGCACCAAAAAGUAAAUAUGGGCAGUGUGAGACAGUGAAGGGGCCCCUGGUGAGCCAGGCUCUGCUGGCCGUAAAGGCCCCAGUGGAACACCAGGGUACCCUGGUACGCCCGGCCUAAAGGGCUACCCAGGACUGCCAGGCCGGAUGGGGGCCUCGAGCACAAAGGUAACACUGAGCUGGGUUAGAGGGUUACAUUGUCUUGUCUGUGAUGGGCAAACAUUUUGUUUAAUUAAAUAACCUUGCUGACCCCUAGAUAUGUUCUUAUGUGCAGGUAAAAUUGGACCAAUGGGAUUAAAAGGUUCCAAAGGUGAUGGUGACACAUGGUUACCAGGUCCUCCUGGUCCAGCAGGUAAGAAUCCCCCACUUCUGUAGUAAUGUUGAGUGCUGUCAUCUACAAUCGAACAGUGGCCAACAUACUACCAAUUGACCAACCAAUUGACCAACAUAUUGACCAGAAAUCUGUAGAUAUUUAUUUGGGAUGUUGUCAAUUAUGGGAUAAACAGUAUCACCUUGAGAAUUGUGUUUUUAUUUUCCAUGUCUGCAGGUCUCCAGGGGUCCAGAGACAGUGACGGACAUGGCAUAUCAGCACCUUCAGGUGAACCAGGGAAAUCAGGGAUCCCCGGUAUCCCAGGAAAGCGUGGCCCUCUUGGGGCCAAAGGUGUAUGUGACCCCUCCUCCUGCUACCAGGCCAUCCUCAGAGAGGAACACUAUAGGAAAUGA